UGUCAGGGAGGUUUAUGUCGACGGUAGCGGACACGCUUCAACUUCAAACCGGGGUACUACAUCGAGAGACGCUAUUGUCAUCACAAUAACCCUCCCGGUAAUCCUUAGGGAGACCGGAUAAGCGCGUAACAGAUCGGCCAAUUGGCUUUUAAUCGAUGGAGCUAUUUGUGAGAGCAGGCGAGCCGUUUAAGGUGAGGUCUCGUUAAAGAUAGCAGCUUGUGUGGGUUGCCGUCGGUGUAGUGAAAGUGCCUGCACAGAUUAAAAACCAGACCUGCUGUGCUUCAACAACCAGGAGAAAGACCCGCUGGAGAUAUCUCACAAACAUAUUUUCUGCUUUCUCACACCGAGAAGACAUCCAGAUAAAGGUGACCGGACAGUUCACCUAACAAGUUGUGUGGAGGAUUCUGAGAGGAACCCAAAUUUUAAAAUGCCCGUGGCAACAUCCAGCUCUGACUCUGCCAUGCAUCAGGCCUUGGACACACUGAGUGACAGCACAAGCUCCACGACAGCCAACGACCUGGACCUCAUCUUCCUCAAAGGCAUCAUGGAGAGCCCAGUGGCCCAUGAGCAGUUUGAGGAGCCCAAGCUGGAGGCGGUGAGGGAGAACAAUGUAGAGCUGGUCCAGGACAUCCUGAAGGAGCUCAGCCCGCUCGCACUGAGCAGCCAGGCGGCCGACGAGCUGGUCCGCAUCUUGAAGGAGCCUCACUUCCAGUCCCUCCUCGAGACCCAUGACUCUGUGGCAUCCAAAAACUACGAGACUCCUCCCCCCAGCCCCUGUUCCUUCAUGGAUGCAGCCCUCAACAACCAGCCUGUUCCUCCAGACGCAGUCAGGAUGGUGGGAAUAAGAAAAGUGUCUGGCGAGCACCUGGGAGUGACGUUUCGAGUAGAGAGCGGCGAGCUGGUGAUCGCCAGGAUCCUCCACGGCGGCAUGAUCGACCAGCAGGGUCUGCUCCACGUCGGUGACAUCAUCAAGGAGGUGAACGGCAAGGAGGUGGGCAACGACCCCAAAGUGCUCCAGGAGAUGUUGAAGGAGGCGAGUGGCAGCGUGGUGCUGAAGAUCCUGCCCAGCUAUCAGGAGCCACACACACCGAGACAGGCCUUUGUAAAGUGUCACUUUGACUACGAUCCAUCCCAUGAUAACCUGAUUCCCUGUAAGGAAGCAGGGCUGAGCUUCAACAGCGGCAACAUUCUGCAGAUUUUCAACCAAGAGGACCUCAACUGGUGGCAGGCCUGUCACAUAGAGGGCGGCAGUGCAGGUCUCAUACCGAGCCAGCUGCUGGAGGAGAAGAGGAAAGCGUUUGUGAAGAGAGAUCUGGAGCUUGCGACUACAGGUCCUCUUUGUGCAGGAAUGGGGGGCAAGAAGAAGAAAAAGAUGAUGUAUUUGACGACCAAGAAUGCAGAAUUUGAUCGGCACGAGUUGAGGAUAUACGAAGAGGUCGCCAAAGUCCCGCCCUUCAGGAGGAAGACGCUCGUUCUGAUUGGUGCGCAGGGUGUUGGUCGUCGAAGUCUGAAAAACAAGCUGCUGGUGUCGGAUUCCCAGAGAUAUGGAACCACCAUCCCCUUCACCUCCAGAAAACCAAAGGUAGAUGAGCGGGACGGCCAGAUGUACUCCUUCAUGACCCGCAGCGAAAUGGAGUGCGACAUAAAAAAUGCUCGUUUCUUGGAGCACGGGGAGUACGACGGUAAUCUGUACGGCACUAAGAUCAAUUCCAUACACGAGGUGAUAGAAACAGGAAAGAUCUGCAUCCUGGAUGUUAACCCACAGGCUCUCAAAGUGCUGAGGACGUCGGAGUUCCUGCCCUAUGUUGUGUUCAUUGAAGCUCCAGAUUUUGAGGUUCUCAAAGCUAUGAAUAGGUCAGCUAUUGAGUCAGGAGUGGUCACCAAACAGUUAACGGACUCUGAACUUAAGCGGACAGUGGACGAGAGCGAGCGCAUUAAGCGGGCUUAUGGACAUUACUUUGACCUGUGCAUCGUAAACGACGGCCUUGAGGCAGCAUUCAGAAGCCUUCGUUUGGCGCUGGACAAACUGUUGACGGAGCAGCAGUGGGUGCCUGUCAGCUGGGUGUUCUAAGAGUCGACAAAAAGGGUCACAGUUAAGGUGGACGAUUAAAUACUGGUAGCUCCAGAGGGGCUUUCUCCAUGCAGUUAAUGUCCGUGGACGUCUGUAGUGAAAGGCCGAGAGUCAUGAUUCAGUGCAAAUGACCAGCCUCAUGUAGAGCGUUUUUGUACAAACUUAGUGUUCCUCUGUUGAGCUUGUAUUUUAUUUUGAAAUUAUUUUAUAGAUAUGUGUUGAGAAGGAUUCAGAGUCCAUUCUGAGGUUUAGUGCAAAAGUGUGAGUGAGCGUGUGUAAGUUCUAAUAAUGUGAACGUAGACUUAGAAAAGAAAAGAAUAUAUUUGGCAGGUAACAGUGCUCUAUGAAGGUUGUCUUUAAAGCAUAUUAAACUUUUUAGCCUUUCCUACUUUAUGUAGUGUAAUGUUUACAUUUGACUGGUAGGUUAAAAGGAAGAAACCAAAUGUCCUAUUUGUAUCAAAUCCUCUAUUUUACCAUUUAAUCAUACAGUAUGAUUGUAUGUGCUUUAUCUUGUAUGUCUCCACUUAUUUCAAAACUGAACAGCAAUAGAUAAUUUUGAACUGAAACAUAUACAUGAUGCAAUACAUGUACGCACACACAAUCGAAUGAAUCGGAAAAUAACGCAACACAAUGAGAGCAGUGGAAAACUAAUGUUUUGCAUUCAUCUUGAAGUUUAAAAUUUGUUUUUGUUCCAUUUUUAUGUUGAUUAUUUGAUGUCUUUUUGCUGGUGUUGUUAGUUGGACAUCGAGAGGAUCAAUUGAAUGGAUCAAAAUGUCGUAUGGCUGCCCACUUGGUUCUUUUGAAGUUGUGUUUGUAGCACUGAGAACAUUUAAACUCUCAAAGGAAAACAAUAAAAAAAGCAGUAGCAGCCUGCAGUAUGCACUGAUUGUAUAAUGAAAGCAUAUUCUGUUUUAAUACAGGUUGGACCAGUGAUAAAAGUGUUUUUUUUGUCAUUUUUGGAUGUAAAAUAUUUAUCAGUGGCUUCAAGUUCAGACUUACUUUUGCCUUAACAUAGAUUGAAAGCCAAGGAAAAACUCCAUCACUGUUCCUUCAUAGAAAUAUACAAACACUGGUAACUUCUUUAAUUUUUAACUCUAUGUUCCCUCAACUUGUACGUACCGUAUUGUAAUAAAGAGAAUAUAGCCUAACAUAGAAAUACCUGGUGCUUUGAAGAUGCAGCCGCUGAGUUAGAUGAAGUUGAACAGCUACACUGUAGUUUGAUGCUCACAAAAAAAAUGUAUUAAAAUUGAAAAUGUUGAGAA